AUGGAACAAAAUACAAAAAUUCUUUUAAAUUGUCACAACUUCAAGUGGCAAUGUUUUUCAAAUCCUUUCCCAAGAAUUGAUUUUUCGCCUUUUACCGCUGAGGUGUUCAAAUAUGCAGGUGUUAGGCUCCGUGGCUGUUAUGAUAGUGCAAAGACCAGAACUGAUAGUUUUCCUAGGUUCCACGGCUGUAGUGAUAGU